AUGGAAAGGCAGAAUUCUUCAAGAAACUCAUACAGAAACUCACAUAGAGGCUCGUAUAGAAAAAACUCAUAUAAAAGUCGAAAUGUUACUAAUUCAACGAGCGAUAGGAUUAUUUUAAAUGUUGGUGGAAUUAUACAUGAAACCACUCGUUCAACCUUGACUUCUUAUCCACAGACAAUGCUUGGCAGAAUGUUCGAUCCUACCAAUGCUGCAAUGCUUAAGCCAACACAUCCUGAUGAUAACGAAUAUUUUUUUGAUCGCAAUGGUUAUAUUAUGGAAUUCUAUCGAAAUGGUGAUAUCCUUUUGGACGAGAAAACCUUAAAAAUUAUUUCAUCAUUCCCCGAAUUUGCUGAUUUAUUAGAAAUGGAAAUUGCGGAAGCAACAUGCAGUCAUCAAUAG